UCUAACCACAGCCAUCGAAACGUGGGGGGGAACAAGGGAUUUGAUCCGCAAGUUUUUUUUCUUUUACAUUUUUUUUCUUUUCAUAAAAAAGGAUUCUGUUGGUGGUUUGCUCGCACUCUCGACGCAAAGAUGAUGGUCGGGGAGAUCGAAGUGAAGGAGAGACCGAGGCCAAGUCCCGACUAUUUGAUGCAAUUGUUAAACGAAAAGAAGCUGAUGACCAGUUUGCCAAAUCUCUGCGGAAUCUUCACACACCUGGAGAGGCUUCUGGAUGAAGAGAUCAACAGAGUGCGUAAGGACAUGUACAACGACACAGUGAAUGGCCUGGUAGACAAACACCCCAUGGAGCUGCCCGAGGCUCUGGGGCCCAUCAUCCACCUGCAGGAGAAGCUGUUUGUGCCUGUCAAAGAGUACCCCGACUAUAACUUUGUGGGGCGAAUCCUGGGUCCGCGAGGCCUGACGGCCAAGCAGCUGGAGGCAGAGACGGGCUGCAAGAUCAUGGUGCGAGGGAAGAGCUCCAUGAGGGACAGGAAGAAGGAGGAGCAGAACAGAGGCAAGCCCAACUGGGAGCACCUAAAUGAGGACCUGCAUGUCCUGAUCACAGUGGAGGACACCCAGGCCCGGGCCGAGGUCAAGAUGAGGAGAGCCGUGGAGGAGGUCAAGAAGCUCCUGGUGCCUGCUGCGGAGGGUGAAGACAACCUGAAGAAGAUGCAGCUGAUGGAACUGGCCAUCCUGAACGGAACAUACAGAGACACCAACAUCAAGACACCGGCGGCCGCCGCCGCUCAGGGCCCCCGCCUCAUAGCGGCCCCCCCCGGCCAAGUGCUCCCCCCUGGGAGCAUGCGCCCCCCAACGCCGGGAGGGACCCCCAUCAUGAACAUCAUCAGACCAGGCCAAAUGGCCGCCAUGCUCCCCAACGGCACCCCCACCCUGGUGCCCCCCACGCCGGAUGGCGGCAUCAUCUACACCACCCCCUAUGACUACCCAUACACCCUGGCGCCCACCUCCCUGCUGGAGUACCCCCUCGAGCACAGUGGGGUUCUAGGUGCAAUGGCUACUAAAGUGAGACGGCAUGACACUCGGGUCCAUCCUUACCAAAGGAUUGUGACCGCAGACAGAGCCGCCACCGGCAACUAACACAUGACCUUCUGACCUCUGAACUCUUCACCCAAUGACGAGCCGCCCCAAGCCUGCCUGCUGAUCAGUUAACUGGUAAUUGCCUUUUGCUAGCCUCUCGGACGCGAUGACAGAGAGGCGCCUGCCCGUACAGUUACCCUAACAUGUCUGGAUGAAAACACAAACACCACAAUCUCAUAGCAAACACAACAAAACCCAUCAACAAGUUGUGUGACUUUUUUUUUAUUACUUUUUUAAAUGUUAAUUUCCUUCUUGUUCAUUGAGUUAUAAUUCCCAUUCUCUCUCUUUCUUUUUCUUCAUGAAUCACAAAGUGGGUGGAUGUGUUGUUACUGAAUCUGCACUGAAUUAUAGCAAUAAAACUCCUCCCCCCCCCCCCCCCCCCCCCCCACCUGCUCUGAUUCGGUGACCUCACUAGUUUGAAAUAAACGACUUUCAAUUUGAGUUGAUCUCACGCUAUAUGCUGUCACACAAUGAUGACAUCACCCUACCCCUCCCAAGACCCCCCCCCCCCCCCCUCCUGUUCCAAACCCACUUGAGCAAAGAAAAAGAAAGAAAGACAGAGAGAGGGAACGAGAAACGACACUCACACAAACUUGUUAACUUCUGUCAUUUUCACGUGAGUCUUGUUGUUAUCCAAUCUCUUGAUACGUAAUGAUGUGCUGACACAUUCUGGGUGUACCCGGAAGCGGCUGGUUUUAAAAGCAUGGCUAAAUUGAUUGCAAACUGAGCUUUUUAUGAUUUCUGUUUUUGUUCAGUUUCUCCUGUGUUUUAUUUUCUCCCCACUUGAUUAUGUUCUUAUUCGUACACAUCUCCCUUCUCUCUGUACUGAGAAAAUUGCCAAACAGAGCAGGUAGUGAAAACGGAACGCGACUGGCACCUGAGCCCUGUAGCGGGCAGCAAACUGCAGUCAGGACAUACUCUGGGGGUAGGAUGGGGAGGGGAGGAAUAGGAUGAAGAGUCUGUGUGUUUUUAAUACUAUUGAGUUUAGGACGUGCAGAGGGUGUUGGGGGCAGUGUAACAGUGGAUGAGUAAAGUCCGCUAGCUACUGACCAUGACUUUCCCUCGCUACACGUCCACUAUACAGUGCCUGACAGAUUUAGAAAUCUCAAUGAAUUAAGCGAGCUGUGAUUAAAAAAACAAACAAAAACGAACUUAACAAAAAAAAAAAAAGUAUUAACGUGUGCGUAUUUAGCCAAAGGGUUUCCAGUUUAACUAUAUCUAUAUAAUUAUGUAUCUAACUGCCGAGGGCUCUCUUCAUAAUCUUAGAGUUAAAAGGGUGUGUUGUGGUGCCUGCAUACAUUGAAAAUGAUAGCCAAUCAGUAAGCCAGAGAUUCUUCAUCUUUGCGGUCCCAUGAAGAGAGAACCAGACGAUUAACACUAACGCUCCUCAGAGAAGACAGCUCCUCAUAGUGAAGCUUUGUACAUACAUAUAAUUUUUCCUCUAUUUUGAUUUUGCCUUCAAUUUGAUUUUAAGUUAAUGCAUCCUUGCCCCCUGCCAAAAGAACAAGCCAUUUUUAGUUCUAUAUUUUGCCAGUUGUCUCUGACUUGUGUGUGCUCACGUUGUUUUUUUAAAAUCCCAUUUAAAAUCAUCAGGCAAGUCAUCAGGCGUCUUAUGCUGGCCCUCCUGAGAAUCAAAUUAAUUUUCGAACAAUUUUUUGAUUUUAUUUGAACCCUUUACACAUCAUUCUAAGUGUUGUGCAUCCACAAUGUGUCUCUUGCACACCACAUGAUGGUAGUCCAGCUCCUGAGCCCCUAACUGUUUCUUUAACUCUUUCUCAAGAUAAAAUAGGAUGUGAAAGCCAUGCCUGCCUGUUCAAAUUGCUUUAUACAUACCUGUUAUAUAUAUAUAUAAAUAUAUACCAAUGUAGAUACCGGUCAUUGCAUAUAAACAUACAGAGGAGAACAAAAUUAGAUACUUUUACAGGGUGCUGGAGAAGAAGAAAAAUAUAUUUUUGGCAAUUUUAGCUUUUUAUACUUAACUUGCAGUUACAAAAAAUUUAAAAAACCAUAAAAAAGUUUAAAAACAGAAUACAUAAAAAGGAAGAAAAAGAUGUUGAGAAAGAUGCUGUGUUACUUUGGAUAUUAUUGGCGAGGAAAAUAAAGACCAAACCAGUCAUACCCUAGGAAAGAUGUGAGAACUGCUGUGUGUUGGAGGGAGAGACUUCAAGAGAGCAUUAAACGAUGGUUUCAAAAGUGCCUUAGUGACGGUCGUUUCUGUUUUCAAAGUGUCAACAUUCUGUUUCAAUAAUAUCCAGAACCAUCAAGGAAAGUGCAGUGGGAUCAGAGGAAGGUGGUUUUGAGCUCUUAGUGUUGAGCCCGGUAGCUCCAUCAUAUUGCUGAGCUGCCAAAGUUAUUCUAUGCAAAAAGAAUAGCAGUCGUUUGACCAGCUAAAUAUGUGCCAUGGUUUCGUCUUCCUGAGAUUCAGUUGAUUUUUUUGUUGUUUUCUUAAUGGCCCCUAAUACUGUCAUUUUGAACAAGAUGGUUUUUCUUUCAAAUUGAUUUCCUUUGUUGUGACUCUGGUAAUUGUAUCACUGUUAUUGUCUUGAUUUCUGGUUACUGUGACUACACUCUUCCAAGAACAAAGUGAACUGCCAAUAACCAAGCAGGGCUCUGCCAGGAUGCGUUUUAAUAAUUAAGCUGAGGAAAAAAAAUGAAUUUAGAGUAAAUACGAUUAACUAGAUGGUGGGCCAUUUGUGAGAAAAUUCUGUUGUUGAAAACUCUGUUGUUUCUAAAGCUGGAAACCAACAGUUUCCUGGUGAGCUUCUCUCCCUGAGACUAAGCCCACAAGGCCCCUGGUGAAUCACUUACAAGCCACUCUUCUGCUUUUCCACUAAACUUGAGUGAGUAAAGAUAAUCUAAUCAUAAGACUUAAUGUUUCCAAAUCUGGAUGUGAAGUUACAGGAAUGGGUGGGGGGGGGGAAUAAGUCAUAAUGUGGGUGGUUGAUUCUGGAAUUGGCUUGUGAUAAUAGUCAAAACAUUUAUGAUGAAGACAGAAAAGCAGACUGGUGCCAAUUUAGACUUUGGUCAGUUCAGCUAUGACUGGGAAAAGCCUUGUCAGUGAAUCAUGGCAACUGAUUUUCAGUUAUUGAAACAACCUGAGGUUUCUUCUAACUAGACUAUUGCAUUCAAAUUAGGUAUUUUGGAAUAAUAUACCUUCCCUGGCAGUCUAUGAUGCUCUGUAUUUUUCCUCAUACAUACUGUUACAGCGAAAAGGUCAAUUCAAUCUUUUUCUUUUCUUCUUUUCAGUGUUAUGAACUAUAUUUUAAAAAAUGUAAUGCAAUAUUAAAGUGGAGCAAGAGAUGACAAUUCAGCAUUUGACAGUAUUAAGAUAGUCCCUCUGCAAUGUUCCUACACGCUGUGUCAUUGUACAAGGCUGGUUAAGUCAUCAGGUAAAUGGUGAACUCUACCGCACUCUCUCUGACCUGCCUACUACAUGUAUGAUAAUGUAAUUUACAGCCAUUGUUACAGGUUUAUAAUGUAUUUUUCUAAUCUCAUUUUAUAUGUAUAUUAUAAAAGCAUUUUUCUGACUCUUUAUUUGAUAAAGCCCACCGCAACAGUUUUUUUUUUUUUUUAACGCCCCUCUCCCUCUGCUCCCCACAUCCACUCAUACAUCUUGAAAUCUGUCUCUCUCCUGGGGAGUGUUGCCUUUCCUAGAGUUGUAUUUUGUUUUUCUUGCCAAUUCCUAGCUUGUUUAACUCAUUAGCAACUUUAUUAGUUUUCUUGUCAUAAGUAUUUUUACAUGCUUGCAUUUAGUUUUCAUGGUGUAUGCUGUUAUUUUUCUUAUUAACCCCUUGGCAUUUAUUUUAAUAAACAUUCUUAGUAAGAAUUUUA